CGUCCCAAAAUCAUCCCUCAUUGUGAACAAAGUGAGUUCUGCAAAAGUAGGGUUUUCUUGCAAACACAUCGCGCAGCCUCGCUUUUCUGUGAAGAUGGGUCACUCUAACAUCUGGAACGCUCACCCAAAGAACUACGGCCCUGGCUCUCGCACAUGCCGUGUGUGUGGUAAUCCUCAUGCAAUUAUUAGAAAGUAUGGACUCAUGUGCUGCAGACAGUGCUUCCGCAGCAAUGCCAAGGAAAUUGGCUUCAUCAAGUACCGUUAAAAAUCUUGAAUAUGAGUUUCUACGAGGACCUCUACAUGUGGUGCUGGUAGACAUAUGGCAUUAGAGCUUUUUGAUUUGCGUCUCCCUUCAGUUAAAUGAUGUAAUGGGAUAAUUUUGAUUUAUGUUUUAACUUUUGGAAGUAACUGCUAUGUGGACCUAAGAAAACUAGUUUUUUAAAUUUUAUAUUUUGUUCUAUACAUUCCUAAUUUUUAGAUUUUCUUUUA